CGAGAAGGCUCUGCCACCUGCCCUCCUGCCGGUCUCCGGAGAGACCUUCUGGCUGGCUCCUCACACAUGGACGACACUGCCGAGGAGCCCUCCGGGUGCCCCGCCAGAGGGUCAUGCCCAGUGUUCCUGGCCAUGAGUUCAGGGGCCGUCCGCUAUGCCCCAUCAGGCCUGGGCCCUGCGCUGGAGGGGAGCUUGGGCGAAAAGUUCUGGGGCACAGACAGCUCACCCCAGCCAGACGAGGGCCUCCCACCGCCCCUCACAGCUGUCCCUGUCCCCUGGAACAGUGCAGGCCCCUGCAAAAGCCGCAGGGAGGCCCCAGGAGCCCUGGUGGAGGCCUGCGUGAGGGAGGAGGCCCAGGGUGAGGAGGGCCCUGCAGCUGCCCGGCUGGACAUGUCACGGCUGCGCAGCUCCUCCAUGGAGAUCCGCGAGAAGGGCUCGGAGUUCCUGAAGGAGGAGCUGCACAAAGCCCAGAAGGAGCUGAGGCUGAAGGACGAGGAGUGCGAGCGGCUGUCCAAGGUGCGGGAGCAGCUGGAGCGGGAGCUGGAGGAGCUGACGGCCAGUCUGUUUGAGGAAGCCCACAAGAUGGUUCGAGAGGCCAACAUGAAGCAGGCGGCAUCCGAGAAACAGCUGAAGGAAGCUCGGGGCAAGAUUGACAUGCUGCAGGCAGAGGUGACAGCCUUGAAGACGCUGGUCAUCACGUCCACGCCGGCCUCUCCCAACCGCGAGCUCCACCCCCAGCUGCUGAGCCCCACCAAGGCUGGGCCCCGGAAGGGCCACUCGCGCCACAAGAGCAUCAGCAGUGCCUUGUGCCCCGCUGUGUGCCCCACUGCAGGGCACACUCUCACCCCAGACAAGGAGGGCAAAGAGCCGGGGCUGCCCCCUCUACUCUCCCUGCUCCUGUGCGUGAUCCCCAACAAGGCCGUCCACCUCACCUACGAGCCGGCCUGGCAGCUCCCGCCCGGGGAGCCGCCUGCAGCCCCCACCUCCGCUACCUCUCUCUCCUUGUCCCGGCAGGUGGACACGACCCUGUUUGCAGAGUUCCAGGCCUGGCGGGAGUCGCCCACCCUGGACAAGAGCAGCCCUUUCCUGGAGAGGGUGUACCGGGAGGACGUGGGCCCCUGCCUAGACUUCACCGUGCAGGAGCUCUCGGCGCUGGUCCGGGCCGCCGUGGAGGACAACACGCUCACCAUCGAGCCUGUGGCUUUGCACACGCUGCCUGCUGUGACGGUGGCCGCGGUGGAGUGCGGCAGCGCCAACACCUGUGCCCUGAGCGGGCUGGCCCGCGCCUGCCGCCACCGCAUCCGGCUCGGGGACUCCGAGAGCCACUACUACAUCUCCCCGUCCUCCCGGGCCAGGAUCACCGCAGUGUGCAACUUCUUCACUUACAUCCGCUACAUCCAGCAGGGCCUGGUGCGACAGGAUGCGGAGCCGAUGUUCUGGGAAAUCACAAGGCUGCGGAAGGAGAUGUCGCUGGCCAAGCUGGGCUUCUUCCCGCAGGAGGCCUAGGCCAUGGCCCAAGGCCUGAGGCUCUGACCUGAACACCUGCCCUGGGACAGAUGGAAAGACACAGUCCUGGAGCCAACCUUGAGCCACAAGCUGAGUGGACGGACAAAUGGCCAGGCCAUGGGGCAGCACUGAGCCAGCACCAGAUGUCCGUCCGGGGACCACAGGCUUGGACUUCACGAAAUGCCUCUUCUCUCACCCCACUGGGUUCUGCAGCCACCAGACAAUUCCAGGGAAGCACCAAAGACCAAGGAGCUUGGAGCCAUACUCAGGGGACUCAGUGCUUGGGAAGAGACUCUGGUGCAGCCGGCACCCCCUCCCCAGCCCCAGGAGAUGCCGUCUGCAGUGCCUUGUUGCUGCCCGGUCUUCAGAAAGGGACUGUCCUGGGGUGGCCAGAUCUCCAGGCUGUCUUCCUCCUAGGUUCCCAAGCCCUGAGUCAGCAGCGCCCCCUUGUGGCCAUCUGAGCCCAAGUGGCCUUCAGUGGGAGCGCCCACCAAUGGCCUGUGCUUUCCUAGGCCCCACGGGGCAGCGGGGCUGGAUGGAGGAGCUGGCCGGGCUGGGAACAGCCCCAAAGCAAUCUUAAAAUGAGGCAGGGCCCCUGCUCCCUCUGUCCCUGCAACCUCCCUCCCCCAGCUCAGCCCUGAGGUCCAGAAGGCUCUGCUUCCAAAGCCGCUAGGAUUGGGGCCCUUUUUUCCCAAAGUAAGACACGGGUAGGGCCCAGGACACCCAUGCCUGUUUGCAGCAGUGCAUGGCGUUCAGACAGCAGGGCCCUCGCACGUGGGGCUGGGUGAGGUGAGCAGGGCCUGGGGUGCUCACCGGGGUGGGGGCUCCCACCUGGACUCAUCCCUCACCACGGCUGGAUUUCUUUUGUCGGAUGGAAUGUAACACGAUCUCUAUUUCAUAAAGGAAGGCUUUGUUGGUACA